CUCACAAUAUUUUUGUUUAAAAUAAAAAACUUUACUAAUAUCACUCACUAUUUUCAAGAACUUUCGUAUCCAACUUCAAUACGACUGUAUAACCACCGCUCCAAUAACCACCACCAUCUUACAAACAAUGAAUUCGGAACACACUUCUGCAACAGAGACUCUUAAAGAAGAAGAAGAAGAAGAACACAAGUGGAGAGAAGUAAUCCUACCGUCGUUAAUACCAAUCGUCCCCGAACCAGAGCUCGAGAAGGAGUCUGGUGAGCGGCGGAGAGGCCGCGAUAUCCUUAUCGCUAUUGAUCACGGCCCCAAGUCCAAACAUGCGUUCGACUGGGCUCUUGUUCAUCUAUGUCGCCUCGCGGAUACCAUCCACCUUGUUCAUGUUGUUUCAAGUGUGAAGAACGAGGCUGUGUAUGAAGCUACUCAAGGUUUAAUGGAAGCACUUGCUGUUGAGGCUCUGCAAGCUGCCAUGGUGAAGACGGUUGCGCGAAUAGUUGAAGGAGAUGUAGGCAAGGCAAUAUGCAAGGAAGCAGAGAGGGUGAAGCCUGCAGCCGUUGUCAUGGGUACUAGAGGACGCAGUAUAAUAAAAAGUGUACUCAAGGGAAGCGUAAGCGAGUAUUGCUUCCAUCACUGCAAAUCCGCGCCAGUUAUUAUAGUGCCCGAUAUAGAAGCUGGGGAGGCAUCAGUCAUUUCUUUGGAGAAAAGAUAAAUUACAUACUUCUAUGGUGGUUUAAUUUUGUUGUUCUAUAUCUAUAGUAUAUUUUGUGUGUUUAUGUAUUUAAAUAUGUGGUUUAUGGUAAUAUGGUUAUGUAUUAAAAAAGGUAUUAUCGUGUUAGAUUUAAAAAAAAAAAAAAUACCUGCUAUGUACAAACGUUGUUUAACAUUUGUAUCAGAAUUGCACAUUCGUUUUU